AUGGCCGCACUGAGUUGUCUUUUGGACAGUGUUAGAAGGGACAUAAAGAAGGUGGACAGAGAAUUAAGGCAACUGAGAUGUAUCGACGAAAUCAGCUCCCGCUGCCUGUGUGACUUAUACAUGCACCCGUACUGCUGCUGCGACCUGCAUCCCUACCCCUACUGCCUCUGCUACUCCAAGCGAUCCCGCUCCUGCGGCCUGUGUGACCUCUACUACCCGUGCUGCCUGUGUGACUACAAGCUGUACUGCCUUCGCCCAUCGCUCCGCAGCUUAGAGAGGAAAGCAAUCUGCGCCGUUGAUAAGGAAGGGUAUGACAGAGCAAAACUCAGAAGGACGACAAAUAGAAUUCUGGCCUCCUCUUGCUGCAGCAGUAACAUAUUAGGAUCGGUGAACGUGUGCGGCUUUGAACCUGACCAAGUCAAAGUGCGCGUGAAAGAUGGGAAAGUCUGCGUGUCGGCCGAGAGGGAAAACAGGUACGACUGCCUCGGAUCCAAAAAGUACAGUUACAUGAACAUCUGCAAAGAGUUCAGUCUGCCGCCAUGUGUGGAUGAGAAAGACGUGACGUACUCCUACGGGCUCGGCAGCUGUGUCAAGAUCGAGUCUCCAUGCUACCCUUGCACGUCUCCCUGUAACCCCUGUAACCCCUGUAGCCCCUGCAGCCCCUGUGGACCCUGCGGCCCUUGCGGCCCCUGCGGCCCCUGCGGUCCCUGCGGCCCCUGCGACCCUUGCAACCCCUGCUAUCCCUGUGGGAGCCGAUUCUCCUGUAGGAAGAUGAUCUUGUAA